AACGUCGCCCCAGACGACGCCUGCCGUGUAGCCAUGCAUACAUAUGACGCUGCACCGUCGCUUCAGCACGAGGCUUGAAUCGGCCUGCCCCUCGCAACUCUCGUCCUGAACAUGUAGUUGGCACGCACAGCCCGCCCUCGCACCAUCCAGCACCUACUCCGCCCCUCAUGGCCGAGUCGUCCGCGUCCAUCAUCCAUGUCGUUGCAUGGGGCACGAGGUUGUCGCUCAACCUUUACGACUUCGCCAUCGCGAACCCGGCGUCUACGCGCGAGGCCAACACCCUCGCCAAGUCCGUCAGCCUUUUCGCUUUGAUGCUGAAGCAAGUCGGCACGUCGCUGAAGGAAGACACGACCAUUCCGUCUGGCGAGGCGUUUGAGACAGUGCAGGAUAUUGUGCUGCAGGCAAACGAUGUCUUUGCCGCUAUCCAGGCUGCCGUGCCCGACAAGUCGAAGAGGGACGGCGUGAGGUUUGAAAAUGGACACGACGGGGUCAAAGAGCGCGGGUGGAGCGAUGUCGUCCAUGACAGGCUCCGAUAUAUGCUUCCAUAUGUCAGGUCGUUGAACUCGACACUUGCCGUUAUGCUUCAGGCAUUCUAUACUGUGAGAGUCAUCGCGUGGUCGAGGUCUCGGCAGGAUCGUUUGCCUCCUACGGCAGCAGAUGCGGUAGCAAAUGAACGAGCCCAGUUGGAAGUCUUGAUCAUCGAGCAACAGCUGCUCCUGUUGGACGUGUUCGAUGCUUUUUCUACGUAUCAGCAAACACGGGAAGAAGAGGGCGUCGCACACCAGCAGGAUUCUACGCCGCCUCCGUCCAAGCUAAGCAAGUACCGGGAUGAGUCAAUAGGGGAGCCACAGGCAAGACGGCCUCUUGCAGAGACCUCUUCCCUCGUGCGGAGAGCAUCAGUGAACUUCAGCAAUGUGAUAUUGGCAAGGUGGACGCAGUUGAAAGCCCUUGAGCGGCGACUGUCCUUGACAGAUUCGGAAGAAGACAAGCCCAAGCCAGCUGAGCGCAGAAGAAGCUACCAGCCAACGGUCGAAUCAGUCGCCAGCGACUCUAUGCCUCCCACCGCGCGGAACAGCCCCGAACUCGUCAAGUCCCCCAACCCACAGCGGCCUCCAAGUGCUCGAACCACGCUCCCCGCACCGAUACCAACUUCCGGGGUCAUCCGCUCGACUGGGCCAUUUUCGCCCAAGACUGGAGCCUUUUCGCCCUCCGCUGGACCCUACUCGCCCUCAACUGGGCCUUUCUCGCCUGGCCCUUCCUAUUCGGCAUCACCGGCAUCGACAGCCUAUUUCCCUGGCUCGCCACGACGGGCUGCCGCAGCAACGACGGGCUUCAAGGCACCACCUCCACGAUCCGCAAGCUUCCAUGGCACGUUUCCCCCACGGCCGCCCCCUGCUCCUGACACUACGACGACAACAAAGGUAGAAGAGGAGACAGCCGAUGGGCUUGACAUCCCCUGGCGGCUGUGGCUGCAGAGCAACCGCUGGGACUUUGUGGACGACAAAGUCGUCAGCACCAACGCGGCAGUCCCGCCGGAACAGGCGUUCACGGACCGCGCGGCGUGGACGGAAAUCAUGCAGAAGUGGGUUCGCAGGGAGGCGCUCGAGGAGGCGCGCUAUAGCUUCAACCAGGUGCAGAAAGAAGUGUCAGAGGGAGGCCGCACGAGGUUCGAGACAUGCUUUUGCAUCGGCAGACCAUUGACAUAUGUAAGUGGUGGUGGCUAUACAGCCCACACUAAACCUAAAUAACUCGUCCGGGAUGCUGACGUGCUGACCCCUCACGCAGCCCGAGAUCCGCCGCCUCGUCGACCGCUCCAUCGAGCUCUACCGCGCCUCCACCUCCACCUCCACCAGCACACCCGCCACGACAGCAGCGCCCACGCUCUCCUCGUCCUCUUCUCGUCACGACCGCGACCGCGACCGCCACCAGCAUCGGCGCCGCCGGCGCGGCAGCCGCAGCCACAGCGAUGACGCCUCCGACACGGAGUACUCGGCGGACUCGGACUCGGAGCGCACGCGGCGCAAGGCGGGGUCGUCGCGGCGCAAGAAGGAGCAUGGUGGUGGCAGUGGGAGCGGGGGCGGGAGCAGCACGUUUGGCACAUUGGCCAAGUAUGGCGGUAUUGCGACACUGUUGGAGGGGUUGCCGGAGAUUUUGAACGC